UAGACCUAUUCUGAUAAUUUAUUGUUUUGAGGUCAAUCUGGCAUGGAAGUUGUAAAUGUUCUUUUCUUUACAUUUUGUACAUUUUGGUGGUAAAGCUCUCCGGAUCUUCUUAUCUAAACUUCUGACAAUAAUAUAUUUAUCUUGUAGAGGUCAUUGGCUUCAUACAUAAAAAAAUUUGCCUGUUCAAAUGCGAAGACUGAAGAUCUAUGGGCUGUUCUUGAAGAUGAAUCAGGUGAACCAGUAAAGAUGUUGAUGAAUUCUUGGACAAAGCAGAAAGGUUAUCCUGUUGUUUAUGCAAAAGUUAACAAUGGGAACUUGCAACUUGAGCAGACACAGUUUUUGUCAAGUGGGUGCGAAGGGAAUGGACAAUGGAUUGUCCCUAUUACAUUAUGUUGUGGUUCAUAUGCAUCUCAGAAGAAGUUCCUAUUGAAAACAAAAUCUGAGAAGUUGGAUGUGCCAGAACUGUUCAAUCCAGAAAAUCAGAAGAUAAGUGGAAGUGUCUGGAUUAAAUUUAAUGUUGACCAAACAAGCUUCUAUAGGGUGAAAUAUGAUGAUGAACUUGCAGCAGGACUAAGACGUGCAAUAGAGGCUAAUCAACUUUCUCCAACAGAUAGAUUUGGUGUUUUGGAUGAUUCAUUUGCCCUUUGUAUGGCUUGUAAGCAAACAUUGUCAUCUUUGCUGUCUCUGAUGGCCGCCUUCUCAGAAGAGGAUGAAUAUACUGUUCUUUCUCAAAUGAUCACUAUUAGUUACAAAGUUAUUAGUACUGCUGCUGAUGCCACUCCAGAGUUGCUAGCGGACAUCAAACAGUUCUUGAUCAACCUUCUCUGGCAUUCCGCAGACAUGUUGCUUGCUCAUUUUUAACAGAUUUAUGUUGCUACUGGUCAUCUUAUUACCAGGAA